CAGAUAAUGUAACCUCUAUCGGUCAAACUACUUGAAACAUGAACAAACUAGUCGUCGAUGGUGCUGGCCACCCCGACAUCCUUUCCCAGCUUCGCGGCACCGUUUUGAAGGAAAACCCCAACAAAGUGUUUGCCUCUUGGUAUGAUGGAAAAGGCAACUUCGAGACGGAGAGAACAUUUGGGCAAUUGUGGAACCAUGCUGGUGUGGUCUCUCACCAUCUCAAGCACACCUGGAAAGUUGAAAAGGGCGAGCUUGUUGUGCUUUGCUACGAUUUCGGUUUGCACUUCUUUGAGGUCUUCUUGGGCUGUCUUCGUGCCGGGGUUGUCCCUGUACUCGUCUAUCCUCCGGCCCCACCACUCAAGAAAUCGCUCACGAAACUCGCUGCAGUCGUAGAGGACUGUUCUCCAAAGGCUGUUCUCAUUGACAAACGGGUCAAUGCGCUUCGUCUGCUGGACCGCAGCAAUCCACUCUCCAGCACAAAAGCUCUCUGGCCUUCCGUUCCCUUCCACGUAACUGACAAGCUCAAGUAUGGAGAUGUAGAGCCCUAUGACGAGUCCAUUGCACCAGAGGAUCUCGCUUUCAUUCAGUAUACUUCAGGUUCGACUGGACAACCGAAGGGUGUCAUGGUCACGCACAAAGCACUCAAAGCCAACACUGAACUGAAUCAUGAUGGUUGGGAAAAGUACUUUAGCAAGGGACCCGGCAUCGGAAAACUGAAGGAGGGCGAGCUUCCAACUUGGUUCUCGUGGCUUCCUCAAUACCAUGAUCUUGGGCUCAUCCAUGCUUGUAUUUCCCCCUUUGUCGCGGGAUGGCGGCUUCAUAUGAUGUCUCCUCUAUCAUUCAUUCGGAACCCUCUCCUGUGGCUACACCUCAUGAGCAAGCACAAGGUUACGCUUGGGGUGGGUCCUGAUUUUGCAUUCAGACUCUGCGUUCGAAAGUACAAGGAAGCCCAACAACAUGGAAGAGAACCACUGCCAGGUCUUGAUCUGUCCUGCCUAAGCGGCAUCCAAUCUGGCGCAGAACCAAUCCAUCUGGACAGCAAGAGACUCUUCUUGGAGUGCUUUCGAAAGAAUGGCCUCCGAGAAGACUUCUUCCAUGGUGUUUAUGGUCUCGCAGAGAACGUUGUGGGCGUCUCCUGGUCGAAUGGAUACCACGUUUCCACUCGGGAGGAAGACAUGAACCCAUUAGUGGCUGUAGGGGAUCGCAGAAUGUUCUUGCCGUCGGCGCGAGCCAAGAUUGUGGACCCACAAACCUUCAAGGAAGUGGAUGAUGGAACAACGGGUGAGCUCUGGUUGAGCGGACCAUCCGCCGCAGCAGGUUAUUAUGGCAGGCCCGAGCUCUCGAAUGAAGUCUUCCGUGCCAUGCUUCAAGUUGACGGACAAGAGGAAGCCAGCCAUGAUGCCUACCUUCGCACAGGGGAUCUCGCAUUCUUUGAGAAUGACCGUUUGUUUAUCUGUGGGCGCAUCAAAGACAUGAUCAUUAUUGGCGGUGCCAACAUAUACCCCCAAGACAUUGAGCAUACUGUGCAAACUGCUUCUGACGCGGUUCGUCCCGGGUGUGUUGCAGCGUUCGCGUCGGAGCUAUGCGACGCGCAAGUUGAUGUAGUUUGUGAGAUCAGACAUGGCAUGGAGGCCACGGCUGAAGAAGUCUGCGGCAGAAUCCGUUCUUCGGUGCAAGAAACCUCGGGAAUAGACAUUUGCCGACUUGUGUUGGUGACCGAGAAGUCGAUCCCAAAGACUACAAGUGGCAAAAUCCAGCGUCGAGCCUCAAGAGAGGCCCUCCGGAAGGACUCUCUCACUGUUGUUUACAUGGACCAACGGGGCAACGUUGAUCAACAGGGCAAGGUCUCAACGAAGCUAAGCCGUCAGGUUUCAUUCAAGGUUGACCUCGCAGACCCCGAAAAGCCUCGGUCCGCAGAGAGUGCACUUCGUGAGAUUCUCGGCCGCUUUUUCUCGGGCAUCUAUGACCCCGAUCUUUCGUGGGAAGAGCUGGGACUUUCUUCCAUGGCGUCAAUCGACCUGUGCCAUGCUAUUGGCGAAAAAUUCCCAGUCACAGUCAACCCGGAAAUGUUGCAGAAGUAUACAACACCCAGAGAGCUCGAAGCUUUCAUACAAGAACACGAAGGCGAGAGAAUUAACAUGAAAACAAGAGGUCUCAGGCGCAUUAGGUCGAUGGAGAUGACAUGGAACACCUUGGGCGUCAUUCAAUCCUUUGGAGUGCUGUUGAUGCUCUUUCUGGUUUCCAGCAGUGCGGUUUUGAGUUGGAAGCUGUCAACAAGGAUUGCCGAGAUUGAGAUCAUUACAGAGCAAUUCCAAGUCGGCAAUCAUUGGCAUCAGUGGGCAUGGCUGCCAAUCUUGAUCCCGGCUCUCUUCCUGUCAUUUUCAGUGUUCGUGGUGGCGGCCAAGUGGAUUGUGAUUGGCCGCUAUCAAGAAGGUGGCUGCAAAACACCAUCGCUCUACUACGCACGCUGGUGGUUCGUCGAUCGACUGUUGGAUGUUUGGGAGUUCUUCAUUGGAACUUACAUCAAGGAUACCCCUCUAUUGGUCUUCUUCUACCGGUUGUUGGGUGCAAAAUUGGAUUCAUCUGUCAAUCUCAAGGCAUUUAUUCGUGAACCGGACCUGGUCGGGAUUGGUCGCAACACGACCGUAUCAUAUGACGUCCGUUGCCGACGCUUCGCCUUGUGGCAAGACAACGAGGAAGGGCCUUCGAUGCGGUUUCGAAGGAUUACCAUAGGAGAGAAUUGUACGAUUGAUGGUCUUGUGAGCCUUGGAAGCACUGUUUAUAAGGAGGUGACCGUCAAAAAGAUGGCCGUUGUUGCCGAGUGCAGCGCUGUCCGCAGUGGUGUUUUGGUUCUUGGAAACCCUGCCUUUCAAAAGCGAAAGCAACCUAGCAACCACAAUACUCCUGCAAAUUGUUGGUGGGCAAUUGGUAUACUCAAGAUUGUGUGGCUGCUUUUGGAGCUCUACUUUUUCAUGGCUAUGCUGCUGUCCUCACAAAUCCUUGUGAUGGAGUUCCUGCCAACUGAUGCCCAAUGGUUCUUCUGGUGCUUCUGGUGCUUUUCGGUCGCCAUCAUGUUUAUCACAGCCCCGCUCACAAGCAUCCCUCUCAAAUGGCUCCUGAUUGGAAAGCGCAAGCCCGGCGUGUACUCUGACACGACCCUUCGACUGGUUGCUGAUUGGGCCGCUGACUACCAUUUUGGGGUUGUCAUCCGUCCACUGAUGGCGGUUCACGUGUACUCGCUGUUCUGGACCGUCUACCUCAAGCUUCACGGUCUCGACGCGGAUUAUUCGAGCAACAUUGCAUUUGCUCAUGUGUUCCCGCCCUCCAAGGUUGACUUGGUCACUGUUCGUAGAUCCUUUCUGGGAGACGAAGAGAUUUCGGUAAAGUGCAGUGAGACCCGACGGUAUCUCCCCGUUUCCAUCUCCAACAGUAGCCUUGGACGCAAAUGUGCCCUCCAGCCAGGAAGUGCUGUGUCCAACUGCAUUGUGCAGCCUCUACGUGCCGUCGAGGGCAAGAUCUCGGGCGACGUGAGCCACCUGGAUGAACGAACCUCCGACAUGCGGGAAGCGACCAUCUGCGUCUGGAUGGAGGAAUUCCUGGGUGUCCUCUUUGCCGCAGCUCUGGCGACGCUCCUGGGACUGACCUUGUUGCCUGCCUACGAGAUUUGGCUCGCCGUGAAUCCGACUCACGUGGCGACGGAAAUUGCCACGUUGGUGGUCAUCUUUCUCUCUGUCACACUACUGUGGCUGUCCGUGUACUACCUGCUGUUCUUGAUUCACGACCCUUGGAGACGACGAUACGGAGAAUAUCCCUCCUAUCAGAUGUACAAGUCGUAUCGACAAUUUGGAGUGACUGUGCAAACCUGGUCCUUUGUCCGGUUGCUUUGGGGAACUCCUCUCUACAAGUACGUUGCACAAUGGGUUCUUGGAUCCAAAGUGGAGGGUCGAUUCCUGUAUUUCGGGCGCCACUGCAUCGAUUCUCCGUUCUUGACCUUUCGCGACCGUACCGUUGUGGACAAUUCGGUGGUGAAUGGCACGCAUGUGAUUUACGGCACCCUCUUUAUGGGCGAGGUGGACAUUUCGGGUGUCCUUCACGACUUUUGCUACGCCAUGGCCAACAGUGCAUCCGAGCGAGCGGAACAUGGACCCCUUCGUGUGCUUGCCACAGGUACGUUGGAAGCCAAACGUGAGAGCGAAACCAAGGAUUUCAGCGAUGAAAUGUUGGACGUGGAACGGCCGGUGGACCGCGACGACGACAAAUGGGAGACGAAGAGUAUUGGAUCAGGGGAUGACAUGUCCGAAUUCUUUUCGUGUCAUCUUCACAUGGAAUUUGACCAAGAAGAAUGAUCUCGCUUCCGUCUAAUCAGUUGUGCGUGUUUGUCCCAUUGCUCCGACUGCAGUGUACCGUACUCCUUGAGAAGACACAAAUGACUGCUCCAUCUUCCUCCCUCCAUGAAAAUGUACACGUUCCAACAAAUAAUAAAACAUCACUAUCAACCAUGCAGGGCCGUUAGCACCAUAUUCACGUCUACACAGGAGAACAUUCAAUCGUCCCACCAUACUGUGGAAUUUUCCUCACUACCAAGCGGCAUGUGUUCAUGGUUGGGCAGCUUUGGGUGAACAACAAAACACCAUGAGGACUGUACAUUCAGUGAGUAUCGUAGCGAUAAUAAAGCCAGGCAAGCUAGCUGUCCUUGAGAAGAUCACAUAUCAUCUUGAAAUCGUCAUCACCUCCUGCAACGGAAUCAAGAUCGAGGUAAAAAUCAUCGAGAUCCAUCUCAUCUUUCUCUUGGCCAGUCAUGCCCACUUUUUUGGCAUUGGGAUCCACAUACUCGCACAAGGCGAAGGAGACGUCCAUGUGCUGAAUGUAAAUACAGAGUAGCUGAUCGACCACCAUUUCAUGCUUGUCGUUGCCAACCAGAAUCUUAACAUUGGGUAUUUUGGUGGGUUUGGGUGUAAUCCCUGGUCUGCUGUGGAGUGCCAAUUGUUGUGCAAAACUGGUCAUGUAAUCCUGUUCUUGACUAUUCUUGGUGUGUGGGGGAUGAAUCAAAUUGGCGACAUCCAUUCUGUUGGCGCGAAAGGUGGCUUCAAUGGUCGACAGCGAGACACCAAUUGUUUCAACAAAUCCCGGCGAGACGUAGAAUCGAUUGGUGCCCUGGAUCACUUCUCGGAUAAAAAACCAACGCGAGUCCAGAGCUUGUUCCAUGCGUUCAUCAGUGGGCAUACCAACAGCUUUCCAGAGAAUAUCUGGAACAUCGUUGGGUUUCAUGGGCCGUUUGCCAAUGAUCAACUGGUCUUCGGUCGGAGAGGUGAUCAUGCGGUGGAUGAAAUCCAUGGAACGAUGUUCUUCAUUCUUGUCACUCAGAACCUCGUCCAUGGAAAUCCCACUGGCCACGGCCAAGUUACCGGCACGAGCCCACAAUUUGAAGGAGCGACGCUUGAUGGACAAGGCAAUCCAUUGCCGCACCAUGUGCUUCACUGCGUAGUGAUCCUUUCGGGCCUCUGUGACCAAGGCACAUUCCAAUCGAACAUCUUCCGUCACGGCAGGAGCUUUGGGGCUGGUUCGCUUGCGUUUCCGUCUGGCGGGAUUCUGGCCUUGUUUCGAUUCAUGAGGAAUACAGGUCUUGCCCAAACGCUGACAUCGUCCACAUGGGAAGCACUGCUCACACUUAACCUUAGCUAAACGGCAUUCAGUACAGGCGCCCAUCUUCCAAUGAAACAAUCAGCUCACUUUCUCUCUCUCUCUGGAACGAUCAAACGGGAGACAGAAUAACAAAGGGUAGCAAUGGUAUAAGCGAUUGGCGGCACUAGUACGAGUGGUGCUAUCGGGGAUAGACAGGUUUUCUCUCUCUCUCUCUCUAACUCUGUUGUCUUUAUGGGGAGAUUAGCAGCGCCACCUGAGUGUUGUCGUCGUGUCGUCGUGUCGUUGUCUCCACUUGGUCAGUUUGUGGUUCUUUUGUUGUUGCUGUUGCUGAAGACAGCUUUGCGAUUCAGGUUUCAGGUAGAUGCGGCAAAACAAACAUUGCAUUUGAAAUCUAUUUCAGUUUUAGUAGAUGUACAUGAAAUGUAUCUUUAACC